GUAGAGUUGUAAUGAUUGAAAGCCCGAUCGGGAGCAGCGAGCUCGUAGUCGCCAGUUUUCAGAGAUGAACGGCAAUGGAGGGUCGUCCGUGGUUGGCGAAGCGCGCAAAGCGAACACUCCUAUGGAUAGCAAACCAAUCGUCACCUGUGCUGGAGAUGAAAAUUUGUUUUCUACAUUGGAAAAGGGUUUAGUACAAGCUAUACCUGCAGAUACAGUAGAAUGGCGUAGAUCAUUUAGCAGGCCGAUUAAACAAGUUAAACUUGGAGCUACCUUUGUGCCAUUUUCUAGGGAUAUAUUGCCCACUGAAAAAGAUUGGCACCUUAUAAAGCAACCAAUCUUUCAUAUUUAUUGGAGUGAAUGCUCUGAUGUUGAUACUUAUAAAGCUAGUAUCAGAGAUGAUAUUGAUGCUUGGUUAAAAAUACUGAAUUCAUACCAUAUCCAAGAUUGGAUGAUUGUUCUAGUGGAGACAUAUGAUGUAAAGAAGGCCAAUAAAUUAUUACCUAGGACUACUGUUUUGGAUAAAAUACGGAGUGAUUUUGCUGCCAAGAAUGGAGAUAGAUGCUUUGCUGUAAUUAAUCCAAUUAAGUCUGAAUCUCGUUCGGCUGAAUCAUGGAGAGGCUUGAUAACCCGCAUUCGUCAUUUGAUGUUAACCGCGUACGAUAGAACUCUUUCACGCUUUGAAGAUAUUAUACGCGAGCAGAGGGAAAGGCGAAACAAUCCUAGUUGGAAUUUCUGCCAUUAUUUUCUUCUACAGGAAGAAUUGGCAUUCGCGUUGCAAAUGCUGGGUCUAUAUGACGAAGCAUUGGUACAGUAUGAUGAACUAGACGCUCUCUUUACACAAUUUGUGCUCAAUUCUAAUGUGGGAGGCAAACUGUUCGUAGAUACUCCAGGCUGGUUAAGUCUUUUUCAAACUCCUCUCAACAAUUGGGGGGGUGUAAAUCUAAACAAUGGUACAAAUCAUCAUUUAAGGUUUCUCUUGGCCGAGUGUAGAGCAUCUUUAUUAGAUCUUAGGAGUUACUUAUUUAGUAGACAAUGUGCCAUGCUACUAUUGCUUAAUAAACCUUGGGAGGUUGCACAGAGGUGCCUGUCAUUUGUUCAUAACACAUUGAGCGAGCUCAGAAUCUUAGAAGUACAGAAACCCGAAGGAUCUAUAGAAUGCUGGUCGUUUCUCUGUGCAUUAGAGGUUUUGCAAGCGUGUCAAUUGUCCGCCUACAAUAUUGAUAACAAUCAACAGUUGGAUCUAUGCUCUUUACAUACAGCUAGCUUAUGGGCACUUGCAAGGGACAAGUUAGGAAGCUUAGGAAGAUUAUGCGGCCUAAUGCCGGGAAGCGAACCAACUAGUGAACAAUUACAUACAGUUGUAUAUCUUAUAGCGGGCAUAGGCGAUUCAGAGCCACAAAUAGAGGGUAAACUAACACCUACCGACAAAUUGAAGGAGGCGCUUUCGUCCAAAGAAGCGUUCAAAAAGCAGUAUCUCGAGCAUGCGGAGUUAGCCAUGGGUACAUACAAACACGUCGGUCGCAUUAGGUCGGCUAGAUUAAUCGGCAAGGAAUUGGCACGGUUUUACAGCGAGCUCGGGGAAAAUCAGAAAUCGGUCGCAUUCUUAUCUGACGCUUUGAAAACUUACAUGGACGAAGGGUGGAAUCAUUUGGCAGCGCAGACGCGACUCGAACUAGCCGAGUGUUAUAAACGGAUGGACGACGUCGAGAAGUAUACUAAAAUGUGCGCCGCAGUAGCUAGUACAAACGUUUUGCACAUAACCGUGCGUAACACAUACUUCGAGGAAAUGUUAGGAUACAUGAAAAUGAUCUCUGCGCCUCAGCCGUUACUCACAGAACUCGGAUGUGCUUUUACAAUACUCAGUAUGGAAGUUAAUGUAAUGGACAAGUUGGUGCAAGACUGUGUUGUCAGUGUCGAAGUCAGUGUACAGAGCUCGUUUCCUCGAGAAGUAAGAUGCACUAGUGUCGCGAUUUCUGUAGAGGAGAUACAAAAGCCAUCUGCACCUAAUAAGAAGAAAGGGUUGAAAGCUCCUAUUGAGCCUUCAGUACAACUCUUAUCGAAGUGUACAUUAGAAGAUAUGAAGCCACUUGAUCCAAGCUUGUUACACUUGCAAGUAUAUUCUUAUCUGGAUUAUAAGGAGGACAGAAGUCUCGGUUCCGCAAGUGUUAUAAAUAAAAAUAUGAAGCCACUCGUGAGGCGUUCGGAUAGUGCGAAACAUAGAAAACCCUCGAUCAAUGCGAAGGGUGAUUUUAGCAAAGCGCUCUUAUGCGACGAGUUCAUUAUGAAACCUGGUCCGAAUACGUUCGUACUGGUGAGGCGAGUGAAUCAGCCGGGUUUGUACAAAGUUAGUCAGUUGUCGAUGAUAAUAGAAGGCAAGUUGGAAUUUUUAUCAUCCAUACUGAAUCCACGAUUAUGCUAUGAAGUGGCAAAAACGCAGCCGACAAUAUCUGUAAAUUGCGGGAGAGAUUUACUAGCUGGUCUCAGUCAAGACAUCGAGUUAGUCAUUUCAAGCGGAAGUACAAAGAUAACUGAAGAAAUGAAAUUGAAACUACGUACAUCACGUGGGUUGACGGUGCAAUCGCAAGGUGUUGAGAAAGUAAUGGUAAAAGAAUUAGAGAUACCACUGCUAACAUGUAAACCAUUUCAAACUUUAAACAUGCAGCUAAAAGUUUUAGCUGAACUCCCACCAAAGAAGGAUCCUUCAUCUAUGGAACAUAAAUUAAAUAUACAAUGUCCUUGGGGUUCGGAAGAAAGUAUAUCUUUACAUUUUGGCCCACCUCUAAUGUCGAGCAUGAAACUCCAUACAGCGAAACAAAGGAAAUUUGUUCAAAUAGUCGUAACUGGUUUGACAAAUCAGCUCUUGCAGUUAACCGAACCCGAAUUAACGACAAUUACGUCGAUAGACGUUAAUUUUAAAAGCUUAAAUCCUGUCGCCGGUCAGAGAUUAGUGAUAGGUAGUGGAAUGAACGUUUCCUUUAUGUGGGAACUUGAGAUCGGAAAAGAUGAGAAAUCCACGAUACCAAUAAAGACUGACUUUCGUGUAAAAUAUAUACCAAUUAGUGAUACUGAAGAGUUAAACGAUACAUGCGUCAACGACGAUCCACUACAUAUACAUAAUUUAGAGAAAAUCGAGAAAGCGUGUAGCAUUUACAGAUGCAAUUUUGAUAUUACAGAUUAUGUGACUUUGUUCACGGUAUCCUCAAAAGUUGAAGCAGGUGGUGGUGGAGGAGAAUUUUGUCGCGCUGGUAGUAUGUGCCACCUUUGUCUUACGGUGAUGCGUGUGUUACCUAGUCUUAGUCCGAGUCCUCCACCACAAUUAAUGUACGAGGUUCUAGCGGACCAAACUAUGUGGGCAGUGUGCGGCCGGACUGCAGGCAUUGUAUCAUUAGAAGUAUUAGAGAAACAAAGUGUUACUCUAGAUGUGAUGCCUCUGACAAGUGGUUAUUUGCCUCUCCCUGUUGUUAGAUUAUCUCGAUAUAUACCUGCGGCGGAGUCGAAAAACGAUAUCGUCCGUAAUAAAAAUGACGUAGGAUCUGGUCCUCGAUUAGAGCCAUUUAGCCCAGGACAGGUGUAUAAUGCCAGUAAAGCACAACAAGUGCAUGUUCUGCCAGCAGCUCCAUCAGAAUCGAAUUAAAGGUGUAUAGAUUGUUGUCAAAAGCGUGUACGCGUCUUACUUUAAUGUAAUACCAGUCGUGAAUGGCCUUAUUUACAAAAUAUCUUCAAGAGAAUUUAUAUAUUGUUUUUCUAUCAAAAUAAGCGACUAUAUAAAAUAUUUCAUCUUUUAAUUUACACGAUAGAUAAAAGAUAAACUGCAUCAAUCAAUAUAAAAUAUCUUGGAAUAAACAGAUUAGCGUUGUAAAUCCAAGAAAUGUAGUUAAAAAUGUAGAAAAUGCCAUAUAGAAGUUAUCUUUAAUUUUCUAUUACUCUAAAGCUACUUGUAAAAAAUUAAACUUGCAAUUAAUAGCUUGAAAUAAUGUCACAAAAAAAUCUUUAUUUAAAAAUUUAGUUUGUUGUAAUACAUUUAUAUUGGCUGAAAAAUUUAUUUAUGUUGGAUAUUUUUUAUUAUAUUUUACGUUUCAAUAAUGAUUUCAUAAAAAUUUAAUAUGUUACCACAAAAACAUAACUUCACAUCAAAGAGAUAUUGAAAAACAUUUUAUUUCCUAAUCAUUCUAUAUUACAUAAACGUUACUAAAGUUUAUUUUAGUUUUGCUCUAAAUUAUGUACUUAUAUUUUUUCCAUAUUAUAUGCAUAACAAACAAGAUUCAUUUUAAUAAUUUUAUAUCUUUCAUAAUAUACAUUUGUUUACAGUUUAUAUAAAUCUAUAACUCUGUUUAAAUAUAUCUUAUUUUAUACCAUCUUAAUAUUAAGAUGGUAAUGUAACAGUUUUUUUUACAUUAAAUAUGUAAAAUUUGUACAAAUAUUUGUUAGUAAUAUACUCAUAAGUUUGAAUAAGUAUCCCAUAUUUUUAUUUGUUAAAUUGUAGCAUAGUAAUAGACUCGUAGACACACAGUUUUGGUACGUAAAAUAGAAACUUAUUUAAUUAAUAUUAUGUAAAAGUAAAUGUGUUCUUUCACAAUGAUAUUUAUACAUUAACUAAAUUUGAGUGUAUAUGCACGCGCGUAUGUGUAAAAAGAAAGAACAAAAUAUAUUACGACUGUUUAUAUUA